AUAAGGAAAGGUUAUUAUGUGGGUGUUAAUAACUGGUCUGUCCAGUUGUGUUAUAUAAUGAAAACAAAAAUCUAAUUCCCUUAUCUCUUCACACAUUAUAUCGAACAAUUAGUUUUGACUUAUUAUGUUUUAUAAACACAGAUGAGAAAAGCGAACUGAAGUUGUUGACUGAUUUACUCUUGGUCAAGCAUGGCAGAAAUGUACAAGACAGACAAAAGUGUGUUGAGUGUGGUGAAACUUCAGUGUUGAUGGAGUUUCAGGUGGAGGGUCAUGGGUGUUUUCCACAUGCAGUGACACACCACUAACCUGACCAGUGACUUUCGGGAAGUACUUAAAUGGAGAUGCAAUGCUACUCAUAUCUUUUCAUGAGACUCUCUUAACAGUUAAUCUCCAUCCUUUCACUGCCAUCAUAUAGUCUUAAACUCAGAAUGACCACUCAGCAGCCCGGGCAGUUUAUGAUAGCACAGACCAAUGACCAGUGGAGCUCAGGAAUCUGCGACUGCUGUGACAAUGUGCCCGAGUGUUGUUUCUCAUUCUGGUGUUUUCCCUGUUUUGCCUGUUCGACGGCUCGUAAGCACGGCGAGUGUCUGUGUUUGCCGCUCCUCGACGGAUUUGGCUUCAUUCCUGCAAUAACGCUGGCCAUGCGCGUGUCAGUGCGCAGUCGCUAUGGAAUACAGGGCUCUAUCUGUAAGGACUGUGUUUACUCUACGUUCUGCGGCGCUUGCUCCUGGUGUCAGAUUUCUCGAGAAAUGAACAUCCGAGAACAAAGUUUGACAUUUGUCACUCAUCGAGCAAAAUGAAAGAAACUGUCAACCGUCCGCUUUGUUUUCCUCAGUAUUUAGCAGUAACAAUAGUCACCUGAAAUAACUCUUGUCUUCUAUCAUUUGAUCUGCCAUUG